CACUUCGCCAGUUGCUCCUGUGACAUCGCACUGUACAGUCGACGUGUCCCGAGUCUGCAUUAUUACUAUUAUAAAUAAUUUCGUUUUAAUUUAAAAAACAUGGUUUUGGAAAGUUUCGUUUGGAGUGAAGAAGUGGAAAAGUCGACCGAAAUGGGCGAACAACCAGAGACUGGUAGAGACUCCGUAGAGCCUGAAGUAGAGACUCCAGAAAUAUCGGAAACUGAAUCUUCAGGGGACGAAGAAGACGGAGCCUUAAAGGACUUGCUUAGAGUCGAUGAACAAUAUGUUCCCCUGUUGACCUUGCUGGAACAGUUUUCCCCUGGAGAAGAUGGCAUCCAAUUCAACAGAAAGUUGAGACACUUUGAGACCACUGUCUCAUCCGUGUGUCCGGACGACUCGCGCGUGCAACAAGCAUUUGCGACGUUCCGCGCGGCGGCUCUGCUGAGCCCAGAGACGGCACGUAAGCUGGUAGCAGUGGGUGUUUCGUUCACUCGCCAUCAGAGACUGCCACUGCUACGUGGAGCCCUGCUUAAUGUCGUCAUGCAGGACACUUUCUCUAAACUAGACCUGCUAGAGCGCUCAAACCCGCUGUUCCUCAUCAACGCUGCGAAUCUGAUGGGAGAUUACUUCGCAGAGGCUCGCCUCAGUAACGGCGACAAGCUUCACUUUCUGGCUGGACCACUACUGCAAUACCUGCGUGCCUUACUCGCCGCCCAUGAUGUUCGUGCACAUAGCAGUCUCGCAGCCCAAUUGAUGCAGAACGGUCGCGAGCUACUCUCCCUACUACCUCAAGAGAUGGACGAGCUCUCGAUCUCAAUCCGUCUCCGUCUGCUCUCGUCCCCACCGGUCAGUGCAACGGCGUGGCUACUGCUCUCCGGGGACCUUUGCCUCAACAAGUUUCUUGCCCUGCCGAAUACACUGCAACAGUUCUACGCCGCACAUCUCGACCUAACCACGGCAGGAAAUGUCAGUGAAGUCGGCUAUGGAACUUGGAAGAGAAGCCCCGAGGAGGACAAAAAUAAACCAGAUGCUACGGAAAUCGCAGACAUAGUCAGCCAAAAUAUAUCUGAGAUCAGUCUGAAUGACGAAGAAGAGACGAAGCCUAAUUUGACACCGAUAGUAGGCGCUGGAGAUGGGCUAUCAGGGCAGGAAAACCCAAUCUCAGUUAGUCAGGAUACGUUUGAACUAUGGAAUGCUAACGUGAAACAACGAUACGACCUUAACUCUUGGCGUCAGCCAGAGGAGAAGAAAACAGAGAGACUUGAGUUCCAACAAGGAAGGAAUAGCGUCCAAAGUUACUCCGAAAGAAAUGUGUCCCAGACUCCUUCGAUGCCUGAAUACAGACCAGACGCUUCAGCGACCGCAGCGAUUAGUCUGCAUGAUAAUGAGGAUACGAAAACUAAAUUGACGCCAAAAUUAGGCGUUGGAGUUCGAUUAUUGAGACUUAAAGCCCUCUCAGCAAAACCACCACUCUCAGUUAGCCAAGAUACAUGGCCAGGUAAAAACAACUUAAGGAAAAGACACGACCUUAACACUUGGCGUCAGGUAGAAGCCAUGAGAGGUCAUGAAACUAAAUACGAGCAGACUGUUCUCCCGCCAGCACAGUCUUGCCCCGUACCCGACUACCGACCGCCGAACAUAAACGGAAAAUCGAACAGGAGGAGGAUUGGUGGAAAGGAAGACGGAACGACAGCCAAGGCGGCCCCGAGACGCAAUGUCACCGAAGUACCGCGCAGAGCCAAAUACUGGGACCAUGACGACCGAUGUGACAAACAUUACAGUUAG